UAGCGAGGCGAAUGAGUGAGACACAACGCUUGGGAUUAACUAGAGGCACUUCAACAAGCAGCAUCUCACAACCGGACCUAUUCGAAGAAGAGAGGGGAAAUAAAUCACUCAUAACAGAACAUCGUUUGGGAAAAUAACAGAAGAACCAAAAUAUUCUUGAACGUCCUGGGAUCUCUGGUGUGAAGAUCUUGCUGCAUUUUUAAACAGUACAUUUGUUAUAAUUAAUAUCAACAACGUUACUGUAUUAAAGCGAUUUCAGCAUGUCAUCGUCGUCACAACAAGCGUCUCAAAGAAUGCGGCGCAAUGGCUCGCCGACUUCGAACCGCCUGCAGCCCAUCAGGGCCACCGUGCCAUUCCAGCUGAGACAAGGCAAUAACAGCCCGACCCGCUCCUCCUCCUGCAACGGCACUACCAGCACCAGCUCACCGGCAACAGCCACAGUUCACUCUGCAUCAACAGCAACUGCAACCACCUCGACCUCAACAGCCACAUCCAUUACCCCCAACGGACAGAAACUUUCCCCGACCUCCUCGCCCACCUCUUCAUUCUGGGUUCCGGCUCCAAUUGUUGCCGCUGACGGACGGAUGAGACAUAGGCGGUCAUCUGACAGCAGGAGCCCACCUGAAAGAAGGAGCCCUAGCUCUCCUGUUUAUAAAGUUGAAAGAUCCAAAUCUCAACAGAUGAGAACUUGCAGUACAAUCCGGCGCACCUCCUCUCUCGAUACCAUAACAGGACCUUAUCUCACAGGACAGUGGCCACGUGAUCCCCAUAUACACUACCCAUCAUCUAUGAAGGACAAGUCUACACAGACACCCAGUUUUUGGUCAGAUGAAGGACCAGAAAAGAAAAGCACACAUCAGCGCUCUGCUUCAUGGGGAAGUGCUGAUCAGCUAAAAGAGCAGAUUGCCAAGUUAAGGCAGCAACUCCAACGCAGUAAGCAAAGCAAUCGGCACAACAAGGAGAAGGACCGCCAGUCUCCGCUUCAUGGUAAUCAUACAGCUAUCAAUCAGUCUCAGGCCUCUGCUACAAGAUUUAUCUCUGGUCCGGCAUUAAACAUUACCCUUUCAAAAUCUGCAAUUUCACGGGUCCAGAACAGUGUUGAAGGCAUAAAUCAAGAAAUAGAACGAAUGUUUAUUAAAGACAGUGGUGAAAGGGAAGAACCGUCAAGGCCCCUGGAGAUUCCUGAUGGCCACCGAGCACCCUUCCCUUCCCACUACCGCAGCAGCAGUACUCGCAGUAUUGACACACAGACACCCUCUGUCCAAGAGCGCAGUAGUAGCUGCAGCAGCCACUCACCAUGUGUCUCCCCUUUCUACCCUACUGGAUCUCAGGAGGGAAGCCCAUGCUCAGCAGAAGACCUUCAGUACGAGAGGGACAAAGCACAAGUUGGAAUACAACAAGAGGGAGAAGAGCAAAACCAGCAGGUGGAAAGGACACCUGCAUCCCCUGAACACUACACAGACAGUAGGAGUAACUCUCCACUCCCCAAGUAUGCUUCGUCACCCAAACCAAACAACAGUUACAUGUUCAAACGAGAACCACCGGAGGGAUGUGAAAAGGUGAAGGUCUUUGAGGAAAUGACGUCUCGUCCUCCCACCUCUGUCCCUUUGUUUUCUUGUCCUGACAGAAACAAAGUGAACUUCAUUCCCAAAGGAUCAGCUUUCUUUCCUGUGAGCAUCGUGAGCCGAGCUCUGUUUUCCACCUCUGACCUGUUACUCAAGAGCUCGUCAGUCUCUGGCCUCAAUCCUAGCGUAGCAUCCAGCACUGUGACGGCAGAGCUGUUUCCAUCUCAGGUCUCAUUCUCACCUUUGAUAGAAGACACCAGCACAAGGGACUCUGAGGCCUUGGUUCAGCAGCCAUCGUGUCAACAGCAGCAGCCCCAUGAUUCUCAAAAUGAAGAACUUUCCUCAGCUCAGAACUUUGUAAUAAUCUAGCCCUUGCACCUCCCACUGCUGCCCCUCCACAGGGUGGAGCAGGCCUCUGCUCAUAUCUGGGGAUAGCCUAUAUAUCUGCAUGGAGUAGCACCUGCAUUCUGAACAAAGGUUCUUAGAAUUUUAGCAUAUCUUACACUGUUCUUGGCAGGGAUAGAUUUCCUUAUUUAGGAAAUUUGAGAAGCAGUGAUGCUUGCAAAACACAUGCUUUCAUGAGUGUUUUAAGUGCAGACUAUGCAUUACAUGGUAAGUUUGGAUGGAUUAGUACUGUUGUUCUGUGUUCUGUUCCAUCUCCUACAAUAACAAAAAAGCUCUAUAUAUUAAAAAAAAUGCCUGUCUAAAAGAUAGAAAAUAGAUGUUGUGUUGUGUUAUGUCCAAUGGAUAAAAAAUAUUGUUUACAAACAAUCCAGGUUGUUUAAGUUUAUAAAUUUCUGUAAUACAUACAAUGCAAAAAAGCAAAAUGGCCACAACAGUUGCACAGUGCCCACCCUAUGGCCUAGCUUCAGGUACUUCAGUUGAAGUUUAAACUCAGGUAAUUUGGAAUGUAUAUCCACAUAGGAUUUUAAUGAAUUUGUGGCUGAACAAGCUGAGGGGGAAUUUGGGGUAAGCAUCACUCUCUUGCCUUUACGUUUUAUACAUUAACCUUUCCUCAUUACAUUCCACUUUCUUUAACUAAAAGUGCAUUCUGAUCCGGGGAAGACCUGGACGAGGGUGAAUAUUAAAUAACCAGCAUUACUGUGAUGUGUGACAUCACUUGUUUUCAUGGAUGUUCAGCCAAAAUUUACAUAAACCAUUGCUUUGCAAUGCAUCAAGGCUUUUUGACAUUUCAGAAAUGAAGACAAAACGUUUCAGGUGUUGAAGACUGUUAAACUGUUAAAAAUACAGUAGUGUUGAAUACUGGGCUGUAUCUAAGAAACAUUCCAUGUUGUAAAGAAAUCUGAAUGAUCAAAUCUUUUAAGUUUCAUAAUCAGACUCUUCAGAUUCUUGUGUUCAGUAUGUUCCCUUUUCUGUGUGUAAAGUAUGGAAUUGGCAGAUACACAAAAUAAAAUAGUGUUACAAAGAUGAAGUAAAGUUAAUGUUUAGUUUCUCAUUAUGACCCCACAUUUUAUCUUAAUAAUCUUGCACUUUCCUGUGGCUACUGUAAGGUGCUGUUUCUUUUACAAAGAGUUUUUAUAAGAACAAUUACUUAAGUAGUAUUUAUUUAACUGGAAUGUGAUAACCAGCCAUUAAUUUAUCAUUUUAGGAUUCAUUUUGAUAAAUGUCUACUAUUAUUUAAGAAGUAUCAUACUGGAAAGGAUAAAAGAUUGCUUCUUGUUUUGUGGAUCAAGAGACAAGAACUUGGUAUUCAACAAUGGAUGUAAAGUUUGUAGCUGCUACUGAAUUUUACCACAGUUGGUUGGUGCAGGCAGCAUAAGGUUAAUCUAUGAGAACUCAGUGAGAGAUACUGAUGUAACCAAAAUCCCUUUUAAUCUUUCAUUUGAGAAACUAGAUAUUAAUUUUUACCAAACACUGUUGCAAAUCUGAUUAUGAUCUUUAUAAAGGUUCUAAACCAAAUUGGUUGAAAAUUAGCUAACUUCAAAAAGAAAUGUAAAUUAAAAAUAUUAUUGGUUUUGAAGUGUAUCCUACAUCUAGAUGUAGAAAUUUUGUUUAUCAAAUGCAUUGUUUAAAAACUUGUUUCAAAUUUUGUACAUAGUCUUGCUGUGAUUUCUAGCCAUCGUGCUAAACAGUAUUUAUGAGUUACCACACAAUGCUUCAAAAAUAAUGCAGUGUGGCUUUUGUUUUGUAUUUUUUUCAGUAUAUAGUUCUUGUGUCUUAUUUAAAAUAAAAUUAUAGCGAACGGCAUGAAUAAAAACUGGCCAUUUUCUAAUCACA